AUGGGCAAAGCCAUCUCCCUGCUCCGGCCACCGCAACCAGCUCGAGAGGACGAGGCGGAGAUGAUGGAGCUGAGGAAGCGCCCGAGGCCGCGGCGCGUCGACCCGGACUUCGUCACGUCCCCGCCUCCCCUGCCGCCGAGGAAGCGGGCGCGGAAGCAGGCAGCGGCGCAGAAGCUGGUCGAGGCCGCGGGUGCUCCGAAGCGGCAGCCGCCGAGGAAGGGGGCCAGGUGCGCUGCGGUGGGCAUCGGGUGCCCCGUCGCGGGGCUCCAUCCGGCGACGUGCAGCCGGCAGCCGCCGCUGCGCACGUCGACGCGCGUCCUCUUCCGCCCGCGCCAUCCAUUCCAGUGGUACGAGCCGGACAUGUGGACGGAGGUGGCCAAGCACCUCUGCGGCUUCGACCUGCUCCGCCUCUCCUCCACCUGCCGCUGGUUCCGCCGCCUCCUCGCCGACGACUCCAUCUGGCGCUACGCCUUCUUCCGCGACCUCAACCUCUUCGACACCAACCCGCGCGCUCAUCGCCCGCUCUUCCGCUCCUGGCGCUGCCUCUACUUCGCCGCCUUCGAUGGCUCCCACGCCUUCUCGUUCUGCCAGAACGGCGAGCACCGAAGUUCGUGGCGGAUCGGGUCAUUCGUGCAGGACUCGCCGGACAUGGUGCUGAUCGGGAGGCUGCCGCUGCCGAAGUGGCUGCCGUCGGAUCCCGAGGACGCACGGCUCACCAUCGCGAUACUGGGCGCCUGCAAGCUCCUCAACGUCCGCCCCGGGAUCUGGAUCACCGACAUGCAUGUGAUGCGAUGCCCCUUGUGCAACCGCAACAGCUGCCGAGGGAACAAGCAGAUCCUGGAAGCACGUCACUCUGAGCUGUUCCUGGAGAAGGCGUACUGGGACGAGACCUUGGAGUACGAGAACCUCGGCGAGAACUUCCAGGACGAGGAGGUCGCCGCCGCCUUCUGUGCCGUCGUGAACGCGAAGCAGUUCGCUUCUCCAUCCACUGCAACUGUUCUCAACAGGGCCUGGGCCGGGAAGCGCGAUGACCCGAUGACCAGGCACUGUGCUUCCGCAACCGCCGCCGCCAUCCACACCAACCUCCAGAGCAACGGAGGCCUGCUAUCGACGUUCGAGGCGAUGCGGGACACGGGCAGGGACGGACAGAUCGUGUCCGUCAGGAUCUCCCAGGUGCUCUUCUGAUUGUACCCUCCACCCUGAAUGUAUUAAAGCUGCCUUGGCUGCUGUGAUUUAUGCUAGAGUAGGCCAGGCGCUCUGUUAUUGGCUUAUUAUUGCUGCAUUCCUGUCUAUACUGUAGAGAGAAAGUUGAGCAGAUUUCCGGCUUAAUGUAAUGCCGUACGAUUUUGUGAACUUCGCGUGCACUGCGGUCCUUAUUAGUAUUGUAUAAGUACUGGAAUCUGCUUUUUUUGCUUAAAGGUUAUACUCCCUCCGUCCCUUUAAAAGAGUCGUUCAAGGAUUCAAAUGUUGUUCCAGAAAAAACGUCGCUGAGCUGUGUUACAGGUCCUAGAUUGCUUGUACUACUAGUAAUACUUUUUACCAGCUAUAAUAGGCUUUUUACCAGCUAUAAUAGGGGUAUGCAGGUACUUUAUCA